AUAAAGUGCGACAACUCACAACAGUAAACAUCCGCAGUUUAUAUAUAGUUUAUAUUGCAGAUUUUAAUUUAGAUGUGAGUGAAAAUAGUAAAAUCGCUAUGAGUUUUUUUCUUCCCAAACUCUCCAGUAAGAAAGAGAUUGAUGACGCGAUUAAAGCAGUCGCUGAGAGAGUUUUAGUGCUGCGCUUCGGCAGAGAUGAAGAUUCCGCGUGCCUACAGCUCGAUGACAUCCUGUCAAAAACUGCUCACGAUCUGAGUAACAUGGCGAGUAUUUAUCUGGUGGAUGUGGAUCGAGUGCCUGUUUACACACAAUACUUUGACAUCAGUUUCAUUCCCUCCACCGUCUUCUUCUUCAACGGUCAACAUAUGAAAGUUGACUAUGGAUCUCCAGAUCACACCAAGUUUAUUGGAAGCUUUAAAAGCAAACAGGACUUUAUGGAUCUAAUUGAAGUCAUCUAUCGAGGUGCCAUGAGAGGGAAGCUGAUUGUUCAAAGCCCAAUCGACCCGAGAAACAUCCCCAAAUAUGAUCUGCUGUACCACGACAUCUAGAAUCAAGUUUCCUUCAGACAGAGAAGAGCACAGAUCAGUUAAGAGUCAUGAGACUAGUUCAAGUGAUAAAGAGUUUCCUGUGGAAAUGAUAAUCUUCAUUUAUUUAUUCAUCCACUCUUGUUUUUGUGUUAUGUUUUUGUAUGAUGUUUUUAAAAUAAAGAUUAUAUCGGUUA